AUGUAUAUUCUAAGAUUAUCAGUCCCUAUCAUUUUAAAACUUAUCUCUCAAGAAUCAUCAUCUAGUCAACAAUUAUCUGAAUAUCAAAGUCAACAUACGGAAGAUAAACCACGUAUCAAUAUCAGCAUAACACUUCAACGAUAUCCUGAUAAUAAAAAUACAAUACACCGAUCAACCAUGAUCAAUAAUAAUAGUCGAAAAUUGAACAAUAUGAUUGAUUCAUUAAAUCGUAGCACUACAUUAAAUCAUUAUCCAUCUACUAAUGUGGAUACAAUGAAUUUAAAUAUGAAUGAAAAUUAUGAUCAGUUUAUUAAUUCGUUACCAAUGGAAAAAACAAUUCAACAAACCAGUGAAACAUUUGAACACGAUAACUCUAUAUAUUCUUCAAAACUGUUGAAUUUUUCUUCUCAGCCAGUGGAUGGUACACUUAAAUGGCAUCAUUAUUGUUAUACUAUUGAACUAAGAAGUGUAAAAAAUAUUCAAGGUUUCGACAACAAUGAAUUACAAUUGUACGCUAGAUAUGUGUACCCAUUGUUUGGAAGUGGAGCUCCAGUUAUGACACUUCCACCAAUUUCCAUAGCCAGAAAUCAAGAGGUUAUUUUACCUCAUGGAUUUUGUGCUUUUGAGUUUGCUGCAUCACCUGAAGAAUUAAAAACUCGUCUUCAUGACAAUCCAUUGAAAGUGGAAUUUUUCGAUCGAUCACAGGGCACUUUAGCAACAGAUACUCUUGUUGGAUAUGCAUUUAUACCGUUAGUAUCAAUUUUUGAAUCACCAAUUGUCAAAGCCACAAAAGAAUCAUCUACUUUAGUUAGACGUAAAAAUGAUCAUGUCAAUGUAUUAGCUCAACAAAAUAAUUUAAAUGAAUCAAAAGUUAUUGGACAACUUGUCUAUUCAUUACAGUUAGAAGAUUUUGGUAUACAUACUGUCGAUAGUAGUAGUACUAAUACAACAACAUCUGUCAUUGAUAUGACCAAAGGAUUAGUUCAUCAAAUCAAUGAUGAAAUUAAGUCUGAACCUUCAGAUAUACGAUCAACGCGUGAAUAUCAAGUGGCUAUUGAGUUAGAACUAUGGCGUGCAGCAGAAGAAGCCAAAUUCACUGCUCAAUUAAAGAAACGCGAACAGACACUGAUGGCUACACUUGCUGAAGAAUGGCAUAAAAGAGAUAGUCAACGCGAAAUCCUAUGUCGAAAGAAGCUCUCUGAAUAUCAAGCUUUGGAGGAAAAAUUACGUAAUACACUUAUUGAACUCGCUACUCGAGAGCGUCAGCUAACCGCUGGUGAGGCAGAAUUGGUACGCCUGAAACAAGAAAAUGCAAGAGAAUUAGAAGUCAAACGUAAAGAACUGAAUCAACAGUCUCAAGUUCAUGUUCGUGAUUUAGAGAGUCAAAUCAAACUAGAGAAAAAGAACACUGAACAUUGGAAAUCACAAAUUACCGAAUGGAGAAGUAAGUAUGCUUCUUUAGAAGAAGAAAAUAGCAAUUUACGAAAUGAAAUAAAUAAUCGACUGAAGAAAUCGACAGAUAAAACAUCGAGUGAAACAUCUUCAGCAAAUAAUGAAGUAGCCCGAUUGACCGCAGAACUAGCAGUUGCUCGAGCUACACUAUCGGAAACAGAAUGCCGUCUAGCUGAAGUAGAACGUGGUCGAGCAAGAUAUCGUCAGUUAUGGACGAACUCUUUACGUGAUCUAGCCAAGGUAAAAGAAGAAGCAGAUGAAGCUACUCGAAUUUCAUUGGCACAAAAAGAAGCAGAACUUGAACAAUUAAAGUCUUACUAUAUGAAUGUUGAUGAUAAACGACCGACUAGUCAAGAUUUAACAGAAACAACAGAUUCGAACUUGGGACAACAAUCAAAAAAGCAAUACCAAUCUACUACUGAAGCGAAUGUUUCUGAUGUUAAGUCAGAAGUGGAUGCGAAAAUAGAAGCACAAGUUGCUCGACUCAUUGAAGAACGUGAUGGACUACUAAGUACUGGUGUUUACGAAAACAGUGAUUCUUUGAUUGUUGACCUCGACCGACAAAUAAGAUACCUUUUAGAAAAAGCAUAAUUUUAUUUAUUUGCUUCUUGAUAAGAAGCACGACAUUACUUUUGAUCAAAUACAUUUUUUGUAAAGAAAUCCAA